UAUUUUGCCAGCCACUUCAUUAUGGGAGGAGAGAAGUUUGACUCAGCUCAUCCUGAAGGUUACCUGUUUGGAGAGAACAGCGAUCUGAACUUUCUGGGGAACAGACCAGUUGCGUUCCCUUACGCCGCCCCACCUCCCCAAGAACCUGUGAAGACUCUGAGAAGCCUGGUCAAUAUCCGCAAGGACACGCUGAGGCUCGUCAAAUGUGCUGAGGAAGUGAAGAGCCCUGGAGAAGAGGCCAGCAAAGCUAAAGUCCACUACAAUGUUGAGUUCACCUUUGACACAGAUGCUAGGGUAGCCAUCACCAUCUAUUACCAGGCCAUGGAAGAGUUCCAGAAUGGUAUUGCCAGCUACAUUCCCAAAGACAACAGCCUCCAGUCGGAGACUGUGCACUACAAGCGAGGAGUGUGUCAGCAGUUCUGCCUGCCCUCCCACACGGUGGAUCCCUCCGAGUGGGCCGAAGAGGAGCUUGGCUUUGAUCUGGACAGAGAAGUUUACCCUCUAGUGGUACAUGCCGUGGUGGAUGAAGGAGACGAGUAUUUUGGCCAUUGCCAUAUACUGCUGGGGACUUUUGAGAAGCACACAGAUGGAACUUUCUGUGUCAAGCCCCUCAAACAGAAACAAGUAGUAGACGGGGUCAGCUACCUCCUUCAGGAGAUCUAUGGAAUUGAAAACAAGUACAACACACAAGAUUCUAAGGUGGCUGAAGACGAAGUGAGUGAUAACAGUGCCGAGUGUGUGGUGUGUCUCUCGGAUGUCCGGGACACCUUGAUUCUGCCCUGUCGCCACCUCUGCCUCUGUAACACCUGUGCAGACACCCUGCGCUACCAGGCCAACAACUGCCCCAUCUGCCGACUGCCCUUCCGGGCACUGCUUCAGAUCCGAGCCAUGAGGAAAAAAUUGGGCCCUUUGUCCCCAACCAGCUUUAACCCCAUCAUCUCAUCCCAGACAUCUGACUCUGAAGAGCAUUCAUCCUCAGAGAAUAUUCCACCAGGCUAUGAAGUAGUAUCUCUUCUGGAGGCCCUCAAUGGGCCCCUCACCCCAUCCCCAGCAGUUCCUCCACUUCACGUGCUUGGAGAUGGCCACCUCUCAGGAAUGCUCCCUUCGUAUGGCAGUGAUGGCCACCUGCCCCCUGUCAGGACCAUCUCACCUCUUGACCGCCUGUCUGACUGCAGCAGCCAGGGACUCAAACUCAAAAAGAGUCUCUCCAAAUCCAUUUCCCAAAACUCUUCCGUGCUGCAUGAAGAGGAAGAUGAGCGUUCCUGCAGUGAGUCGGAGACACCGCUCUCUCAGAGACCAUCAGCUCAGCAUCUCGGAGAGGAAUGUGGUGUGACUCCAGAAAGUGAGAAUCUCACCUUGUCGUCAUCUGGAGCUAUUGACCAGUCGUCUUGUACAGGGACGCCUCUGUCGUCCACUAUUUCCUCCCCAGAAGGCCCUGCCAGCAGCAGCUUGGCCCAGUCUGUCAUGUCCAUGGCAUCCUCCCAGAUCAGCACCGACACCGUCUCCUCCAUGUCUGGCUCCUACGUCGCCCCUGGCACUGAAGAGGAGGGAGAGGCUCUCCCUUCCCCCCAGUCUGCCAGCAGGGCCCCCUCAGAAGAAGGAGAGGGAAAUGAUGUUAUGGAGGAAGAGGAUGGAUCACCCACGCAGGAAGAUGGCCAGAGGACAUGCGCAUUUCUAGGUAUGGAGUGUGACAAUAACAAUGACUUUGACAUCGCAAGCGUGAAAGCACUGGACAAUAAGCUGUGCUCUGAGGUCUGCUUACCUGGUGCCUGGCAGGCUGAUGACAAUGCCGUCAGUCGGAAUGCCCAGCGCCGGCGCUUGUCAUCCAGCAGCCUGGAGGACUCUGAGACGAGGCCCUGUGUGUGGGGCCCCUUGGCUGUCUGAGCCCCAGCCUUUGCACUUGGGCUCCUCUCCUGCCCCUGCAUUCCAUCCAUCCUCACUCAGCUGCUGCCUCCUGGGCAUCCUCAGCAAGAUGCUGGAGACUUUUCAUCCUCCUGUGACAGCUGUUACAACCUGUAACCACAAUCCCUCACCUCUCAGAGGGAACUGGAGCUCUCCUUUCUCCCCGUGACCUAAAGCCACUCAAUGAACUGCAGCUCACGAGACCCUUUGCAGGGACUCUGGAAUGCCCCCACGGUAUCUUGAUGUUCAGGUGGAGCUGGGGUCCAUGGGCUAAUUUCUUACACAUCUUUUUUCUCCUUAGGGGGUAGAACAAGAAGGCUUAGAGUUUUGGCAGCUUUGUUACAAACAUCCCUCUGGCAUUUCCUGGUCUCUGGCACAUCAUAACCAAUUGGAAACCUGCAGUUUGGGGUAGGGCUGGAGGAUGGCUCCUGUGAAAAGGGAGAGCAAUACUGCACGGAUAUGGCAUUUCCCUUCACAAGCACUAGGAGCACCUUUCUCAAGGACAAGAAAUGGUAGCAACCAAAAGGUUGGUUGAAAGAAAAAAUCCUUCCUUCUGGUAGCAGAGCCAGUCUCCUGGGCCUCACGUGCCUGUCUGCU